GGGGGGGGGGAGGGGACGGGAGGCUGCGCGCGCGGAGCGGGAGCGCGACGACAACUUCUCGACUUUUCUCCGCUGAAGAAGCCGUUUUGAUUCCUUCGUCCUCCCGUUUCCCGGUCACGGCCUCUGGAGCGUAAAUGUCCGGUCGGCCCGGCCUGGCACACGCCGCACCAGGACCUCGCCCGCUUCACCCGCCCGAGCGACACGACGAGAGCGGAGGAAAAUGAGCUUCUUCUUCUCCACUCGUCACUCGAAAACUUUUAAACCAAAGAAGAACAUUCCUGAAGGUUCUCAUCAAUAUGAGCUUCUCAAACAUGCAGAAGCCACCCUGGGCAGUGGGAACCUCCGCCAGGCUGUUAUGUUACCAGAGGGAGAGGACCUCAAUGAAUGGAUUGCAGUCAACAGUGUGGAUUUCUUCAAUCAAAUCAACAUGCUGUAUGGCACGAUAACCGAGUUCUGCACUGAGCAGAGCUGCAGUGUCAUGUCAGCAGGACCCAGAUAUGAAUAUCACUGGGCUGAUGGCACGAAUAUCAAAAAGCCAAUCAAGUGUUCAGCUCCAAAGUACAUCGACUACCUUAUGACCUGGGUUCAAGAUCAGUUAGACGAUGAGACCCUCUUCCCCUCAAAGAUAGGAGUGCCGUUCCCCAAGAACUUCAUGUCUGUGGCCAAGACCAUCCUGAAGCGGUUGUUCCGGGUUUAUGCACACAUCUACCACCAGCACUUUGACUCCGUCAUGCAGCUGCAGGAGGAAGCCCACCUCAACACUUCCUUCAAGCACUUCAUCUUCUUUGUCCAGGAAUUUAAUCUGAUCGACAGGAGAGAGCUCGCUCCACUCCAGGAUUUAAUUGAAAAGCUCGGAUCAAAAGACAGAUGAGGUUCACAAGGGAUUGAAACCUUUCAUUCCACAUCAGUGCGAUCUUACUCCCUCUCAUAUCUCUACCUUAAACGUCUGUGUUCCCUGCACACGUCAGUCACGUGUGAUCGACCGCUGUGAGUGUGCUCGCUCUGUGUAAAAAUCCACCCUCUCACCAGCUUUGCUGUGCCAAUUCCUUCUGAAAACAGGAAUAACUUUUAAUUUCUUUUAUAAAAUGUCCAUAGUUUUUUUAAUUCUGACAAAGACUUUAGUGAAUAGCCUAAAAUGGGAUCAUAAGUGUUAAAAUGCUGUCAUUCUUUGAUAUAACAAGAAAGGUUUGUUGUCGGCCACAAGGUGUCACUAGCAUGUCUAAUGGAUACCCACACCCAGUCACAUUGUGUUCAGAAAGUUCGCUAAAAAUAGCUUGUGGGAGGAAAGCUUUAACUGCCAGCUCUCAGCACUUGGACUCCUGACAGUAAGACAUGGCAGCCUGAAUAGCCGCCAGAGUCUGAAUGUUUGACCUGCUCGAGGGAGGGAAUUGAAGGGAUUUCUGGGUUUGACUAAGAAGCCAAAUAGCAACGACUUCUUAAAUUUUGCAAAAGAAUUAUGUUUGUUUUAAAAAAAAACUUUUGAAGGUGUUGCCUUCCCAAGCGCAGGGACGCCCGGGGUGAAUGUCAGCACCAAUCAUUAACCAGUCUGUCUCGGCUUUGCUAACGGCUUGUAGUUUUUUGUAGGUUGUAAAGCUAAUGCGACUUUCUCCUGCUUCAGUGUGAUGUGAGGUUGGUAUUAAUGUCACCCACCUGACUGGCUCUGAGCCUUUCCAGCCCGUCUUUUAAUCUGCCAGCUUGUGCUUUGUUUAAACCUUGUCAACACUGAGUAUCUCACUGAGGGAUUUGUGUGUAUUGUAGAAUAAGAAAACUGCAAAGAAGUCUCCGUUAUUCUCAAAUUGUUUGACUUGCACACAGCAGGUUUGGCUGUGGCUUGAAUGGGGCUCUGUGUCCUGGUGUCUCAGGGUGGGGGGGAAGGGGGUUAUUCAUUCGUUGGUGACUAAAUGUUAUUUUUUUUAAACUAUUCCCACGUGUUGACUUUACUGAUGGCUGAAAGCCGACACCCAGCGCUGGGGGGCCCUGGUAUUACUGAUCUGGAUUCUGACACAGAGCUCGCACCACUGCCUAUUGUCACCGAUGCCUUUCUCUUUUGUAAACUUGAUUAGAUGCACUUUGGGGGAAUGCACCCAAUUGCCUUAAGUAAAACGUAUUUUUAACAUAAGUUAGUUAGUCCCACUCUCAUUGUCUCCCAUGUCUAUAAGAAAAGUUUAUCAGGCAACUUUGCAGGAGGUUGUUUCUCUUCCUUCUGCCCGUUGGGGACAACUAAACGGGCAGAAGGACGGGGGGAAAAUGUACAAAAGAAUCUAGCAAUAAUAAGUAGCUAAAAGAAGUGACCAACAGUGUCUUCUCCUGAAUCUUGCCAUCAGAGCAUUGACAACGAACUGUCCGCUGGCUUUUCAGGGGCUUUUAAUUGGCUCUUUUUGCUGCGUUGGAAGGCUGUGAAUGUGACAGGGUUUCUGUAUCAGCAGGCUCUCAGCCACUUUCUGGGACCCUGAGGGAGACGACAGGCUGCCUUAGUCGUCGCUCGCUAAUGCUUUUUAAGGAGAAUCUAAAUUGUAAGGAAAGUCCUUUCAUUGUUCAGUAUUGUAACAUAGUCCUUCCACAUCCUGGCACCAGUCAGGAGAUAUAUAAACUCUGUGCGACCACAAGCUGACGUUUGUCCGUCUCUAACCACCUUCCUCUCAGGGCUGAGGACCAGGUGGAAUGACAGCACAGCAGGUUUCUCUGUAGAGCUCAGCAGUUCACUGUGAAACCCACCAAACCAACAUUUCUGAGGGGUGGGGGGCGUUGGGGGGAACCAACCCCAUUGCGGUCUUCCUGUUUUGGGGGAAAUUGCAAUUUUAUAAGAAAAUAUAUUUUAAUAGAAUGACAAUUUUACUCUUGAAUUCAAAUACCGCAAAUGUUUGAGUUGUGUAUUUUUACUAUGAUACAACAAAGGGCUUUUCACGGCAAUUUGCUUUUGUGUUGGAUUUUUGCUGUGCUUUAAGAUGUCCCGUUUGUCUGUGUGUGGUGGGGCGGAGGGUUGGGGGGGGUUUAGUUUCAGUGUUGAAACUUCUCAAAGGGGAGGAUAAAUACCAAACUAACUCAACAUUGAAGAUGUAAUAAAAUGCAAUAGAAACUAGCAUCAGGUAUUGCGUUCUGAGGAACCUCGUUAUGCCUUGAAUAAGCGGCGGCUCAUUGAGGUUCCACUGCGGGUUUGGAGACUAACAUUGGCAGAGGUGGCAGAGAUAUCGACAGGUGGUGGCAGAGACAAACCCUCGCCUUUUGCUUCUGGGCACAAGUGACUUGAAAAAUGUUGGCGAAUUCUUUCCAGAUUGUUUAUAGUAAGUAUAAAAAAAAAGUUAAAUGCUAUAUAGUACGUUUACCUAUUCUUACAAAUUUUAAUUGUAAACUUUUUUGUUUGUUUGUUAGGGUUUCGGGCGGGAGAGGGUUUGCUUAUGGGGAUAAAGGGCUUUUUUUCAACUAAGCACUGAAAUCAUCUGCUUUCAACUGUUCUCUUGGAGAGUUAUGGCCAGUUCCUCAUUGAGUCGAGUUAAAAGCAGGUCGAUGGCGACAGGUAACUCAGAUUGGGCUAUGCAGCUUCCUCAGGUGGGCUUGAGAUGUGCUGAAUGUAUAACUGCGCUGUGCCCAGGAGAGGAGCUGGACAAUGUGUUGUGACCAACCUGUCAGUGCCCACCAAGCAGCAGAUUCUCUCGACUAAACUUCUCAGUCGAGGAGCUAGGAUUGUAGUCAGCGAUAGUUUUUUUUUCUUUUCUCUAUUUCCACCGCGCGCUUGUAUACUAUAGAGACCAGCCGUGCUCGUUUUACUUUGUUUAUUUUUAUGUGCACAAUUUGUCAAGACGUAAGAUUUGGAGAAAAAAAAUUUCUGCAAAUAAAAUGUUUGAAGCCAC